CAUUUGGGUUUUGCUUCUUAUCACCUCUACUGCAUGCAACUGAUCUAGAUCUGGGUCUUUCUUACUUUUUUUUCUUCUUUUUGGGAUUUGUUUAGUUGGGUUUUGUGGGAAUGUGUGUGGCUGAAAUGCUGAUGGGACAAUUUGCAUUGUUUGCUUGUGUUUGUAUGUCUUUCAAUUUCUUUUUUCUUUUUGGUUUUACUGUUUGAUUUACUUCUCUGGAUCUUAGAAUGUGCUGUUUUCUUGUGUUCUGUGCUUGCAUGUGUUUGUGCUCUGUUUUAGUUUCUUACUGAGCUUGUGAGAUCUGGGUUUUGGAGGAACAAAUACUUAAAUUUGCUGAGUUUUGGGACUUGUUUUCUUUAGUUCUUGCUGAGAUUUGGUGAAUUUUGAGAGGAAGUUGUGGAAAAUGGGAUUUUCCAUGAUUUUCACUGUUUGUAGUGCAUUGUUGCUUCUGAGCUCUUCAUCUGCCAAUGCCCAAACAGCCAGCCCCCCCUCAUUUAGCCCGACCCCGGCACCGGCGCCAGCCCCAGAUUUUGUAAACCUCACAGAUCUGCUCACUGUAGCUGGUCCAUUUCACACCUUCCUCAGUUACCUCCAGUCCACCAAAGCCAUCGACACCUUCCAAAACCAAGCCAAUAACACAGAGGAAGGAGUGACUAUCUUUGUCCCAAAAGACAGCGCUUUCUCGGCACAAAAGAAACCGUCUCUCUCGAAUCUCACCGCGGAUCAACUCAAGUCUCUUAUCCUAUUUCAUGGGUUGCCACAUUACUAUUCCCUUGCUGAGUUCAGGAACCUCAGCCUUCAGAACCCGAUCCCAACGUUUGCCGGUGGGCAAUACAGUUUGAACUUCACAGACGUUUCUGGGACUAUCCAUAUUGGCUCUGGCUGGACUAACACAAAGGUUAGUAGCAGUGUGCAUUCAAGUGAUCCUGUUGCUGUUUACCAAGUAGACAAACUUCUGCUGCCUGAGGCAAUCUUCGGAACUGAUAUUCCACCAACCCCGGCCCCAGCACCCGCACCUGAUAUCGCUCCUGCUGCUGACGCUCCUUCGGAUGUUAUUGAUGGGAGGGCUGCUCCAUCUUCAGAACCAAAGCCAUCAUCUUCCCAUAGGAUCAUCAAUUGGGGAAUUUUGAUUCACAUUGUUUUGGGUAUCUCUGGUGGAUUUUUGUUUUGAUUGUGAUCAGAAAUCCUACCAUCCAUUUAUUACAUUUAUGAAAACUAUAUUGCCAUUUUGUUUUGUUAUUGAUGUGAAGCUCCAUUUUUUUAUGAACAUAUAUGUUGUUGGAUUUGUGCAUGAGAAUUCCUAUUGUGUGGUCUAUAAAUUAUGACGGGGAAGGAUUUUUGUUUUACAGUUCAAUGAAUUCAUCCUCUAAUAAAUAUACCAAUUCUUGUAUUUUUA